AAGCUUGUGCCAUAAAAGAAUUGAUGUGUCAUAAGAUAGCACUUACUCAUGAUCUCUUUACUUCAACUAAAAUAAAGGCAUUGCUUCCUUUAUGCACUCCAAAAAGUAGGACACAUUUAGCUGUUAUUAUCUGAUACUCACAUUGCAUAUUGUAUUAUAUUCAUUUUCUUUCUUCUUUCUUCUUUCUUUUUUCAACUUCCACCCCAAGCAAAGCAUCUGCAUUCUUCACUUACAGCCAAGAGGACAGCAUUAUCUCUAUUCUCAAAUCAGAAAAACGAAAUACAGAGUAAAGUGAAGCAGUCAGCUUUCUCAGAUCCCAAAGAAAGGCCAAACAAAUUCAUUUUCUGAUUUAACAAUCAUGUUCAAGUCUUCAAAAUGGAAAAAGGAGAAGAUCAAAGCUGUAUUCCAAAUGCAGUUUCAGGUAACACAGGUGCCUCCGCUAAAAGCGAAAAAACUGAUGAUUUCGCUAGUUCCGGCAGAUGCUGGAAAGCCGACAGUGAAACUAGGAAAAGCAGCAAUUGACGAAGGAACCUGUUCAUGGGAAAAUCCUAUUUACGAGACAGUGAAAUUAGUCAGGGAUCCAAAAACAGGAAAAUUUAGACAAAACAUUUACUACUUUUCUGUGGCAUCGGGAUCAUCAAAAUCAGGUUUUCUGGGAGAAGUUGGUCUCGAUUUUGCGGAUUUGGUAGAGGCAACUGAAACCUUAGUAGUAUCUCUACCACUAAUGCCAUUGGAGACUGGCGCAAUUUUGCAUGUCGCAGUACAGAAUAUGGAAGCAGCUCAUGAAACCAGUUUCAGGCGUACUGAAGAUAGUGAAAUCUCAAGGACUGAAUCACUAGAUCAAAGCUUUGAAACUGAACUGAGAAGCGACAGCCAUUACGGAAACGGACAUUGUACUACUGAAGAUGAAGAGUUGAAUGAAACAUUUGAUUAUUCCAAGCAAAAUAAUGUCCCACGGGAUCCUCAACCAAAAAACAGUCUUGUGAAUCAGUUCUAUCCACAAAAUGCAGUUAAUCCUCUAGAAAGACAUCUACACCAGAGAUCGUCCACAGAUUGCUCGCUUGGAUCUGAUUUAGAUGGGAGUUUGAUUGAUACAACACAAAGAUCAGAGGAGGACUUUCUGAGAGACACUGCCCAAGAAACUUCAAAUAACAGUUUUGAGUCCAUGAAAAAUAAGAUCAUCAUGCUCGAACGUCAGGUAGAAUUGUCAGAGAUAGAACUGCAGACACUCAGAAAGCAAAUUGUGAAAGAGACCAAAAGGGCACAGGAACAGUCAAGACAAAUUGUCAACCUAAAAGAGGAGAGAGAGAUCCUUAAAACCGAAUGUGAGAAACUUAAGCUGAGAUGUACAGAUGAGGUGGAUGCAGUAGUUUCAGAUAAUUCAAGAGCAGACGACAAAUAUUCGACAGCUCUAUUGGAAGAAAUUAGGCAUAAACUUCAGAAAGAGAAGAACUUAAAUAGCAAGUUGAUGCUGAAGUUGCAAAAGACAGAAGACUCUAAUUCUGAACUGAUUCUUACCAUAAGAGACCUCAACAAAAUGUUGGAUCAGAAAGAUAAGGACAAUUUGUAUCUUUCCGAAAAAGUUAGGUCCAAUAAGGAUUUGCUAGAGGCCGUUGCCGAGAGAACCCAUCUCAAGAUUGGUCAGAAUGAAGAUAGAAAAGCUAAGGAGCUUAAAAUUGCUGAUGUAUCUCAAGGAAUGAAGCAGACAAUUGAAAACUUACAGAAUGAAAUAGAGGUCUACAAGAAAGACUACAAUGAAAUGAAAGAACAGAUGGACCAGCUUGAAAGCCACUGCCAAGUGCUGGAGACAGAAAAUGACGAUAUUAAUCGUAACCUAGAGCAAUGUGAGCAGCAAAAGCUGAAAACACAACAAGAACACUCAGAAUCUUUAGGCACUGUAAAGCACUUUAAACUCCAGGUAGAGAGACUAGAGGAAGAAAUGAAAACACAAACAUUACAGUACUCAAAAUCAUUGGAUACGAUAAAUGAACUUGAAACACAGGUUUCAAUGCUGGAGAAAGAACUGGAAACGCAGUCACAGGAAUUUGAAGAACAUCUGGAAGCAGUCACCCAAGCUAAAGUUAAGCAGGAGCAGAGGGCCAUAAAAGCAGAGGAAGCAUUGAGAAGGGCAAGGUGGAGUAAUGCUAAGGCAGCUCAGAAACUUCAGGAAGAAUUAAAAAGGCUAUCAGAUGAAAUGACAUUGAAGAUUGAAGAGAAAGAAGAACUGGCCAAUGAUGCAGUAAUGGAAACAAAUGUUCUGCGUGAGGAGAACAAAAUUUUAGAGGAAUUACUGCAGAAAUCUGAAGAAGAACUUAAAUCAACAAAAGCUCACUAUGAAAGAGAAGUUCUUGAGCUCAAAGCUUUAUCAAUGAAGAAAGGAUAUGAUGCGGAACAAGUGGAAAAAUUGACUGCUGAAAUGGAGGUAGAACAAAUAUUGACCAUGCAAAAGGAAUGGAAGAGGGAGCUAGCUUCAGUGAGGAGGGAAGCAGAAAUGUUUCUGGAGGAAUUAAUUCCCUUGAGGACUAAAGUGGAUCAAAAGAAGAAAAUUGAAGAGACCUUACAAUCAGAAGUAGAGAAGCUCCACCUACAGAAUGACGAAAUGAGAUGCAGUACAAAUCAACUAAAGUUGGAGAAUGAGAACCUGAUGAAGCUGGUGCUCAAAUUGCAGGAACAGGAGAACGAAUCACCUGCUACUCAGGAUGGUAUUGUUGCUGGAGGAAGAAAAUGUAUUGGGGAGAACAUUCAUCACCAAGGGAAUGGCUUUACAGAAGGAAGAAUUGUGCAGAAUGGAUCCGGAAAGAAUGCUAAUAUAACAAGAAGAGAAGUUGACUCAGGCAGAGCUGCAGAAACGAUCAAUGGCCAGUCCCAAUAUAUACAUGAUCCAAAAGAAUUACGAGGUCAAGUAGAUUUAUUGACUGAGAGAAACAAACACAUGGAGCAUGAAUUGAAGGAAAUGCAAGAGAGAUAUUCAGAAAUAAGUCUCAAAUUUGCAGAGGUAGAAGGUGAAAGGCAACAACUUGUCAUGGCUUUGCGCAAUUUAAAAAAUGGAAAGAGGUAGCAGUUUUUUGACUGGUAUAUAAUUCACUCAUUAGAUUUGUGCGAGUCAACCUUCUGUAGAAGGUAAAUGAAGCAGUGGAGAAUAAGGUCUAAGCAAGAAGAUUCCCUGGCAACAAUAAGUUGCUUCAAUUCCUCAAACUUUUAACUUCGAGGUCAUAGACAAGCAACCUGUCAGAAUCUCUUGUGAUCAUGAUCUUCCAUUCAUUUUUGGGCAACAAAUUUGUCUACUUACUAGAUUAUUUGCAAUCAGUAUAUCCAGGUUUUAUUCCUUCUGUAAGAUACAUCAUAUCUGAAGAUCAGUUGAAUGUUCACAAAUUAUUCACAUCAAAGAAAUGUAAAAGAAUGUCAAUUUUCCUGUAAAUAGAAGAGAUCAUUUUGGGAUA